GUUACGCUACAGCGAUCCUCACCUUAACUAUUUUAUCAGCUUUUUUUUACUGCUAAGCUGACUACAAACAAAACCCUGGCGAAAUAUGACAGUAAUAUGUGCAGAAUCCUGUUCUCCUGUUGGGCAGUUCUGUUUUCCAUUGAGGCUGGAGUUAACAAUGGAAAACUGCAAGUGGCUAAUGCAUCACAUCACACAAAAGCUCCAUCCUGACAGUCUGUUCCCUCCGACCUCUGGUACCGUCUACAUCCUGAGCAGAGACAUCUGGAAGCACCUGAGCGCCAUCAGACAGGAUCUGGGAGUCUGUCCUCAACACAACAUCCUCUUCAGCAUGAGGCCAUCCUGACCACCAUGACCUCAUGCACCAUGGCUUUGGUUUCACGUUGCCGUUUGGUGAUCUGGUGUGGGUUCCCUUCACCUACACCCUGCAGACCUAUUACCAGCUGGUCAGCCAUCCCAACCCCCUGAGGAUUGUGAUUACUAUAUUUGACAGAGACGGCCAGAAAAUAUACUUCACUAUCAAAACUUCUCAAUUUUAAGAUAAUGGCUUGCCUCCAAAUCUGCCUAAAACAAGCUGUCUUCAAAAGUGUUUGUGCUUUGUAUUUGUAGUUAAUUUCUAACAGUUUUAUUUGCUUUCACUAGCCAUACAAUCAUUUUUAUCUGAUGACCCUGUAUUAAAGACCAUCCUAAAUGACUCCACAAUGUUGUAAAAGUAAAUAAAAUAUGAAAAAG